CGUAAUCUUCAAAUGGUGUACUUGUUUUGGACCGCUCGGGAAACCGUAAUUUUUGUUCGAAGAUUUUCGCCGAAGCCGGUUGUAAAUAGUGUCGUGUGAUAUUUCAAGUUGUUCUGGUUGCAUUAGCAUUGAUUAUAACCGUAAUUUCAUCUACCACGGGUUCGUGAAAAAAAUUGGCUUCCUACGAAGCCAGAAGUUUUGUAGUGACAAGUUUUCUUGUUAGGAUUAAAAGUGUUACAUUUUAAUUUAGGUUUUCCUAAAUGUCAGUAAGUAAGUAAGCAAGCAGUUGAAGGGGCAUAACCUGUGUGCUCCAGACAGUGCAGACCGCCAUGGCGCAGUAAGUGUACGUGGGUGUCAACAACUUCCACUCAUUCGCACUCGUUGCGAUCGUUGCAAACACAAAGAAUAACAAAAAGUGAUCGACACAAAAAAAAAUAACUUGUAUUGUUGUGGGAGGAAAUCCCUCUCGCGCUUCGAGUGAAAUACAUAAAUUAGCCAUUAAAGUUUGAACGACUCUGUUCGAAGUAGAAUCGGACUAUCCGGAUGUAGCAUCGAGGACACACCGAUCGCCGGUUAUGGGUGCGAUUUUCCCCUAGAACACACGGAGACCCCAGAGGCAUUCGGAAUUUUCGCGUCGGCGAAGAUUUCAGCAGCAGCAAAAAGCAGCAAACCCCCGGUAAACAAACUGACAGCAAAACUGGCGACCGAACCGGAAAUUGCGAUGCAGCCGGCGGUGGAGGCCGUGACGGAGGAGUUGGUGUUGGAUUCGGGGACGAUAGAAGAUACAGAACCGCUCCCCUCGCCGGGAAUCACCACAACCUCCUUCGCGGACAGUAUGUCCAAUCUGAGUGACAUUUCGUCCAACACGGCCGUACUGAACGGAAACGUCGUCGGUGGUCUGGCAGGUGCGGGAACGGCUGGCUCCAGCAACAACAACAACAACAACAACAACAACAACAGUGGUGCCGGUGGAAAUGGAUCCCAGGCUGGAUCCAGUCGUCCCCGGAUGGAUAUAGCGUGUGUGAUUGAUACGCACCUGGCACAGCGCAAGGUGGCUUUCGAAGAGGUGAAACUUGCUUGUCUGCAGGCUUGCGCAAAUCUUCAGCUGCUGGAAUUCGAAAAGUUGGACUUCGGUGAACUGAACACGGUGGAUAGCUUCUACAGUGCGGACGUAGCCGUCGUUGAUCUCAGUGUCCAGGCGCAGCAGAGUACCCUGAGCUACCAUUUGGGGGUACGAGAGAGCUUCGAAAUGAAGGAGAAUAUUGUGAUUUAUAACGACGCGGAGAGUGAGGCUACUCUGAGAAUGAAAAUCUCGUGUGGGAAUUAUACGUUCGUGCCUUAUCGAGUGGCGGAAGGUGGAAGCUGUGUGGUGACAAAUCCCGGAAAGGGAGGUUACCUGGAGGAGAUGGAAUCGAAGAUCAGUCUUUUGGGCCGACUGAGGAAGAUUUUUCAAGAUGUAGAGAUCCAAUCGAAGGCCCAUCUGAGGGAAAAGUUCCUGGCGGACCUGAGGGGUGUCCGGGAUCAGUAUGCAGGAAACGUAGAAGAACUGCAAAAAAUGCUGCGAAACAUGAGAAAAAGACUGGAUGACCCACAUGUCCUGUCGAAAGAGAUCGUACAAACCUACAUGCUAUCGUUGCGAGAUGUUCAAGACUACGAUGCGAUGGUUAUGCUGGUGGACGAUUUACAAACCGUACCGAAUAAGCAAAACUACAUCAACACCGGCAAUAUGAACUACCUGUACGCGUUCGCUUUGAACCGGCGAAACAAGGAGGGCGAUCGUGAUGCGGCACUGAAAACCUGCAUCAAAGCUCUGGAGAAGAAAGAGAACCACUUUCCGGAUAUGCUGUGCCUGUGCGGUCGAAUUUACAAAGAUAUUUUCGUUGAAUCCAGUCGAACCGACAUGGAAUCUUUGCAGAAUGCCAUUACGUGGUACCGGAAAAGUUUCGAAAUCCAGCCGAACGAGUUUGCCGGUAUCAAUCUGGCCACCCUGCUGGUGAUCGAAGGUAAAGAUUUCACGGACAUGGAACUGCAGCACAUCGGAAUGGUGCUGAACAAUCUGAUCGGCAAAAAAGGGUCGCUCUCAUCGAUCAAAGACUACUGGAACGUGGCAACGUUCUUCGAAAUCUCCGUACUAGCCGAGAACUACGCAAAGGCCAUCCAAGCGGCGGAGUGCAUGUUCCGGUUGAAACCACCCAAAUGGUACCUGAAAUCUACCAUCGGCAACAUCACACUGAUCGACUGUUCCCGGCGCAAAUCGGAAGAAUCGUUGGCAUCGAUCGAGCAGCAAAUCUUUCAAUUUUGGAUGGAAUUUUUCAUCGAAGCCACCAACGCCGAACCAUCGUCUACGGUUCGGUUUCCGAUUUUGAUCCAAGAAACGCAAAAGAUUCUGAUGCCAUCGUACGUGUCGGUGCACAUGAACGCGGAACAAAAGUCCAUCGACAUCACCAAUAUCUGCCAGCAGCACGAGAAGGAAAAGUGCCGGAAGGUUCACAACUUCAAUUUCCUAGCCAGUCAGAUAAAAUCCGUCAGUUUGUACAAACGAGACGAACGAUGUGCCUAUCUGUACGUGCAGCAAAACUCGGACGACUUUCAGAUGUACUUUCCGUCGGUCCAGUGUCGACAGCAGUUCUAUGAUUUGAUUCUGCAAAUGACGGCCGAACAAGGGUGCGGUUUUAUAGACUUAUCGACGGAGACGACCAGUGAUGAGAUUAAUUACGAGUACGAAAUGGACGAUCAAACUCGCCGAAUCGUGCUGGGGCGAGGCACCUACGGUACCGUCUAUGCCGCGCGGGAUCUCAAUACCCAGGUGAAAAUUGCCGUUAAGGAAGUGCCGGAAAAGUUCAGUCACGAAGUCCAACCUUUGCACGAAGAAAUCAAACUGCAUUCGCAGUUACGCCACCGGAACAUAGUACAGUACUGGGGCUCAAAAUCGGAAGACAAUUAUUUCAAAAUCUUCAUGGAGCAAGUCCCAGGAGGAUCACUUUCGGCCUUACUCCGAUCAAAAUGGGGACCACUCAAAGACAACGAAGCGACUAUCGCAUUCUACUCCAAACAGAUCCUGGAGGGAUUAAAGUAUCUCCAUGACCAAAAGAUAGUGCACCGUGAUAUCAAAGGGGACAACGUACUGGUGAACACGUACAGUGGUGUCGUGAAGAUAUCCGACUUUGGAACGUCGAAACGGCUAGCCGGAAUCAAUCCAGUCACGGAGACUUUCACCGGAACGCUGCAGUACAUGGCACCGGAGGUUAUCGAUCAGGGUGUUCGCGGUUACGGACCGGCAGCUGACAUCUGGUCUUUCGGAUGUACCGUCGUCGAGAUGGCCACCGGAAAGCCACCCUUCGUUGAGCUGGGAUCACCGCAGGCCGCCAUGUUCAAGGUUGGCUUCUACAAAAAGCACCCCGAAAUACCGGCCGAACUGUCGCCGAUAGCGAAAAAUUUCAUCAAACGCUGCUUCGAGGUGGACGUGGACAAACGGGCGACGGCGGCUGAACUGCUGGAGGAUCCCUUCCUGUCAGACAAGCACAAAAAGAUGCGCGCCUCCAUCAGCAUUCCGAACACCGUGAGUACGGCUGAGUUCUCGCGCAGUGUCAGCAUGCCGGCGGACCGUCACACCAGCAAAACACUCAGCUCCCAACAAAGCACCGCCAGUUGCAAUACUCCAACCGCCACGUUGGAAGAAGGUAGUUCACCGCCAAUAUUCGCCUCGACCCGAUCAGCCUCCAUCCGGAAGAACAAACAUCUCGCCCACCUGACACCGAUUCAAAUGCCCAAUCACCUCAGUAGCAUAGGAAAUCUCGCCGAAACUCCUUCGCUGGAAAUUGAAGCCAUCGAUCCAACGCCGGCCGGCUUUCAGCUGAACCGCCGGAGUUCCUCUGGUGGCUUGCUUUCUCCAGAGGUGGAACUUCUGUCGAGUUCGAGCAAAUCACCGCUGCUGAAUGGCGAAGCAAACGAAAGCGACGGGUUUUAUCUGCUCAAGAAAGACUCCCAGCGGCGCGCUACGCUUCACCGGGUGCUGGAACACGACGAACGAAAAAUCUGCCAGGUGUGGAUGGAGAAAAUCGUUUCCGACCGAAAGGAAGCCGUCGUCAUCAGUCUGUCCCAUCUGGAAACGUUGAUUCGGGCGCUGCGAACUUACAUCACCGAACAGAAGAAGGAACAACUGGAGACGGCCAUCAGUGGGUUGAAGAAAAGUUUGGACUUCGAUUCGACGGCAAUCGAUCAUCUGCAUCUGGCGAUGUACUCGUUUCAGGAUGCGGUUAUUUCGGUUUUGCGAUCACAUAACAUCAAACCGCAUUGGAUGUUUGCGUUGGACAAUCUGGUGAAAAGUGCCGUCCAGGCAGCGAUUAUGAUUCUGUCUCCAGAACUGGGUCGAAAUUUGGCCGGUAAGUUCCGUAACGAUGAAGAUGAUGACGAUGAAGACGACAUCAAUGGGAUUCCGGGUGGUGCACGACGGGAACGUGUGGCCGGUGUCGGAAUUGAUGGUGGUCACGGGGCUGCAAUCGACGACGAAGAUGACGACGGUGAACUAUCGACUUCGGGGGUGGGUACCGUCAAUUCGGUGACGCUGGCCAAACCGGCCAAACUAAGCCGAACCAAGGCAGUGCACGACCAGAUUACGGCACUGCGGGCUGAGAAUAUAAGACUGAUGGAAGAUCUGUAUGAAUCUCACAAGACGUAUCACGGUGUGUUCCGGACGGCUCUGGACGGGCAGACGACCGGCGUAGAUAUGGUACGAACGUUGGCAGCGCAGCUGGUGUCGAUGGCCGGUCGCUACGAGAGUCGUGUUUCGCAAGGGUACGCCAGCGAUCUGACCGAUAGUCCAGGUAUCGCAGACGAAACAGACGCUUCCAACAAUAAUUUUCUUCGGCCAAACCGGAAGCCGUCGUCGGUUCGAGCAAUUCCAUUUCGUGAAACUCGCGACGCAGCUGUUUCGGCCGAUGGAGUCACCGUACCGGACGCUAGGUUAGACGAGUGGCUGAUUCAGCAUGGAUUCGAUGAAACUGUUCGAAGAGUCAUCCAAUGGCAUGAUUUUACCUACGACGAUUUCAUCUUCGAGAUGGACCAGGACGAUCUACGACGCAUUGGAUUAAGAGUCGGCACCGAGAUCCGGCUGUGGCGCGAGCUUCGCAAUCAUCGACGCGCACAUCCUCUCCGUCCAUCCUGGUCACCGUUUCCACUGGAAGAGCACCACCAUAGCCAACACGAGACUCCGGUCCUGUCUCCUCCGUCGAAUUCUUCCUCCUCACUGGCAACGGUUCUGCUCAGCAACGGUGUCGGAUUUCCGGACGAGCCACGCCAACAGCAGCUGAAACCGAUCUCCAACUCGAGCAGCUACGAUUCGAACCACUCGCUCGGAACGAACGCCUCGUCCGAGUACGAUUCCUGCUCGGGAAUGGAUUCAUCCUGAGGUAACGCCGGGCGGAAACGUUCCGCCAAUCAGGCUACUGCCGCCAGCAAUACUAGACAAGAGAAAACCAUGAGGCAAUAAUCAACCCAGUGAUCGCUCAACCCCUAGAUAUUUAAGGUCAGAGCUCUCCUCAUUCAGUCUCACUCAUGAAGGGGAACAGCGACAAGUUCGAAUUAGUUAGUGUUUACUAGAUCGUAAGCAAUAUUUACUCCGGAUAUGCCACAAUCCUGAAAAAUCACAUUUGUUUGAUACGCAGCUACUUCGGGAAGUGUUCCUCUCUAUCAAAACAAACGUAGCUUGUUACUUUAAAGUUAGUGUUCCAAAUGCCCUUCCAAAUCGUUCUGGCAUCUAAAAUCGUUGAUAUUUUAUUGUUACAAAUAAGAUAAAAUCUGAAUAGGUUGCACAAUAAUUGUUAGUUAGUUAGUUGCCAUAUAUUUUUUUCCCAGUACCACGCAUGCGUCCAAAACAGACAUAAGUGAAUAGUGAAUAAGUGUUUUUGCAAUAAACUAUGUCCCAGCUUGUUUGUGGGAAUGCAAUCGUUAUCGCAUCAAGUGGUUAA